AUGGCGCUCGUCUCACCCCCGCCCUGUCAGACAUCUCCCCUUCCCCAUUCAGCUCAGACAGCUCCACUCCUGCGUCCGACGCGACCGUGGCCAGAGGCCCGAGGUGGCAUUGGUGGCAUCGCGGGCUCGAGCUUUGUACGUGUUGCUGCUGCUGUUUGCGGCUUUGUGUCAGGAAGAUCUGUCUCAAGACCCGCGACGAAAGAUGCCUUGGGCUUGGGGCGGUGGCGCCGGACAUCGCGGAGAGCGGAGGGUCGCGUACUGGAGAUGUCCGCAGAGAAAUCGAAGUCAGUGCUGGUGUCGAAUGCCACGGUAGCUGGCAUGAAUGAUCUGAUGAAGCGCGAGGCUGUGACCAUCUUGGCGGCCGGCGCAGAGAAGACCGAGGAGGUGGAAGGCAAGAAGGGCAUGUGGCAUGCCUACAUGAAGCCCACCAGCAUGGGUACCUGGAAGAAUCAGGCCAGGCUCACGUGCAAGCUGGUGCUAGAGGCCGGGGCCGUCAAUGUCGAGGUUGUUAGCCUCGAAGUCGGCAGCUGGGACAAAGACCUGCAACAGUUCAAGUUCGAAAAGUUCGAUGCGAAAUCCUUCAGCCUCAACUGGCAGAACAGCAUGACCUGGAGAGAGGCAGGUGUGGAUCUGUCCGUGCAGCAUGUUUCUCGUGGCUCGAUGCGAUUGGUAAUUCCUUGGUGGUUUCCUCUUCCGGACUCUGUGGUCAAGGCCGCAUUUCAAGCAGGGAUCCGGUACAUGAUCUCAGACGGGCAGUCCAAGAUUGCAGCUGCAACGAGUCAGAGGUAUGCCGCCGCAGAGCGGUGA